GUAGCAAAGCGAGGCUGGAAUUCCACGCUGCCUGCUUAUUCCUGUAAGAGCAUUCGGGACUCUGGUGACUCCAAAGGAGACGGGAGGUACUGGAUCGACCCUCAGAACAGUGGAAACCCGUUAAAAGUUUACUGUGACAUGACAACAGACGAAGGUGAGAUCUGCUCCUAAAAAAUCUGAAAUCGUGAGCAAUUCUUAUUAAUUCAAACACUUCUCCGUUUCCGAUUGGCCUAAAUACUUCGGCUUAUUCUUAACAAAAAGGUACCAUUAUCAAGUUUGGAAGACGUUAGACGUCAAUUGUACCGAUAUAGUUUGAGUGAGGGACAGCAGAACGCGCAGUAGUUCAGCUGUUUUAGGAAAGCUGAGGAUUUUUCUUUCACCCGGGGGACACUCUCUAAUUUGGCCAAGACUAGUACGUGCCGCUGAACAGGGUAUGGUUUUCAGGGUAAUGCAAUUUUACAAAUUUACGUCUUGAACAAGGUGCUUCUCGGAUUGGAAGCGAAGGUUGGCUAUGCGCGGUCUACAUGAGAGGUACCCAUAUUUUUUCAAAAAACUGUAAUAUCUUUAUGUUGCUUUAAAAAGCACUUCUAAAUUUCUUGUGUGAAUCGAAAUGAGUCGGAGUCGUGAAAGAAGGUCUCAUGUCUUUCACAUGGUAGCAAAAUAAAGGAUAUAUUGUGUUAAACAGGGUCAGGGUUUGAAGGGGUCGGAGGCGCCUCUCCAAACUCCCCCACCCCCUCUCCCGGAGGAUUUCACACGUUAUGCGUAAGAGACAGGCGAACUACUGUCUAACAAAGUCACUCAGAUCAAUCAAUGACAACUGCCGGGUUUGAAGGAUGUCUGCUAAAAUAUACAUCCUCAUAAUUUAAAACUGCUAAGAUUGGCUUGUUUGUAAGUUGGAAAAGGAGAGGAUAAAGCCCCUUUAUUUUCUUUUGGUUGGAAAUAUUUUAAAUAAUCGGUGAAAACAAUUAUCGUAUUCGGCUUUCAUAUGAUCUGAAGAAUCAUGCCGAUCUCGAAGGGCGUUAUCCGCCUCGGUUAAUACCAUCCUCAUCGAUGUGCAUAAUUCUUUCCAUCAUACUCAGCCUCAUCCAAUUAUUGCGUCUUCCAAAGAACUGGAAAGUGAAAUUAAACUCCUAACUGUACUUAGUCAAUGCAACUUCUUGAAAUCGUGUCAUUUCUUUCUGGGAUAAAUUUAACCAUGCGAAGCAGACGUAAGUGAUACAGGUAUGCUCAAGGCACGUACGUACAUCACAUUGUUGUUCCAUCGCUUAGUAGAACUAGUUACAGCUAUCGCUAAGUGCCAACAAGCAAAGAUUUUGCCUACACGGGCGCGCUGUUCAACUUGUUUAGAAAUGUCAAGAAUUACCGUAAUUUACGAAAAAAUGUUUUGAACUCAAUUCGAUUGCAUGACGGAAAAUUACCUUGAACAUUGUGAACAAAACUGUUCUACUACUUAAAGAGUACAUAGAUUUUUUUUAUAUUCUUUUUUCUGCAUUACGUCAUAAAAAUUAUGUAACGCUACCUUUUGUUACAUCGCUUCGAGAUUCAUUCUGCCUUACAACUUUCGCGCACGUCUUUAUUAUGACGCCGUCUCGCAGCCCCGCGUCUUCGCGAGGCCGCUCGUUGCCAAUUAUUUGCAUAGCUGGAAAAAACAACUCAGUCUAAGGGACAUUCCAAAAAGAAAUAAAGACGAUGCAACAAGAAACGGCGACAUCGUUGUUUAUUUCUUUACUUUUGAAGAUUGUUUGUUCUUAAUAUAAAAGCGAAGCUCCGGCCUGUUAAUAUGUUUUUAGUUUCCAAAUACCGGUAGGACGCUCUAACAACAGAGCUGUAGGCGACUCACAUGGCAAGCAGGUUGCAGGUUUUGGGGUAGCCACAGGACCUCGCAUCUCGCGAUUACGCUGGACUAAAGCAAAGCAACACACUGACUUACUUGCAUCACGCAAGUGAGUUGCUUUUAGUGUAUGUACACUGUGAUCGAAUUGGUAUGUAGAGGUCAAAUUCACUGCAGUUGCUCGCAGUACUGUUGAAAAUAUAUGGUUGACUUCAGAAGCGAGUCCAGGUGUGACCAAUUCUGAAUCAGCUGCUAGUCGGGAAAGGUGCCGGUUCUUGAAGAGAAAGAACGCCGGACCCUAGAGAGCAGUUGAAAUUGAGCCGAGAACUACAUCUACUAAUGCCCCGCUAUAAGGGGCUUCUAACAAAUUGGCCUGGGGAGCGGGGAAUUAAUAGCGGUGUCAAUGUUAAGUUCCUUGCUGAGUCCAAGGGAUCGGGGGGCCGGAGUUUCUGUUGACUGAUGCAUAAUUGCUCAAGCUUACCAGACGAGAUGCAGGUCCUGAAAGCCAUCAAGAAAAGCUAGAAUCGCUUGCGAUUUUUCAACACUUAGCUCUUACGCAUCCAGCAAGGUGAAGUAGAGUAAGCUCAUUUUUGAAAAUGAUGCCAUCCAAAAUCGGAUUUUCGAUGACUUUCACAAUCGCCGAAUUUCUCAACCAUAAACCCAAUAAACAAACUAGCAAUGAAUAACAAGAAUAUUGAUAGCGAGCUGUAUUUCAUUUUGUAGAUCCAGUGGGAAAAGACGGUUAAUAACAUCAUAAGAUGACACAAAACUCUGAGCUUCAGCUAUCAGUAAACAAGUUUCCAAAUGCUGCAUAAAUUUUCAGUAUCAAUUCACCUGUCACAUUGUGACGAAUUGAGAAAAAAAUGGGACGUAAAGCAUGGUCAACGCGUGACAAUGGCGGGAAAUGCCAAAAGCAACUGCCUUCCCAUCCUGUUAAAAACGGGCUGAAUUUUCGCGUCCGAAGUAAGUUUGAAGUCAAAAUCGUAAUUGUGUAGCUCAUAAACACAGCCUUUUUCCUGUGUAUUGAAAAGAAAAUUGGAAUUGAGCCUGCGAAUCUUUGAAACUUAGUAACCUGUCAGCGGAUAACUUACAACAAACGAAAAUUCGAUGGGUCAACACCUGACGCCUCGAUUCGCUCAUGUGAUACUAGAACAUACUUGUCAGUGGAUACCCUGUUUUGGUUACCACGACAUGAAUGUGCAGUAUGAGGUUGCAGGCUCCAACACCAGCUAGAAAGUGUGACUUAAUAUCGGUUUCCCUAAGGUGCAGACGGACGGUCACGUGAGUAUCAUUUUUGCCUGAUAGAUAGAAGCGCUCGUGUCAGCUCCGCUAUUAAUACAACCAUUUUUGUUGAUUUAAAAAGAUGUAGAACUUCAAUAAAAACCUCUUUAUCUUCACAUUUUUCUUUCAGGAGGCUGGCUCCUCGUUUCCAACAUCACGAUGGAAAGCUCAACUCCUCCCUCUCAGCUGCCAAUCAAGACUUCAUACCGUGGAAUAACCAGUGAUCAGAUGGUUCUCACAAAAACCGCCAUGAAUGAGCUGAGAACACACUUGUCUUUCACCCAACUAAGAUUCCACUGCAGUAAAAACAAUGGACGUACGUUCCAUGUGACCACUGUUGCUAACAGCACUGGUGAAGCUGUAGUCCAGUACUUCAGUGGUCAGACGGAUGUCCAGCCUGCCUCGUGUGGCUCUUAUGUGAGAAUGAAAAAUGACAAUUCAGCGUCAGCUGGUGUUUGCCAAAAGUGGGGAUUCGAAAGUGGCUCAUUCGACGUAGCUAAAUGGGGCCAUGCCGGAUUUGAUCAAGAGAGAUUAUACGACCACCCUGCUUUUGUUUUUGAUUUAUAUCAUUGGGCGCUUAAUCAUCCAGACUACAGUGGUGGCCAAGCGAAAAGAUGGGAAUGCGAUGAUAUGCUUGUUGGCGUGAACACUGGUGAUUUCUGGAAAAUUUACGUUCGCUAA